CGCAAUCAAACCAGAGCUCCAACAUCUGAAGCAGGGUUAAUAAUCAAUUGUCGACAAAUUAAUUCCUCACCGCAAGGAUGUCAGACGCCAACAAGCAAAUAAUGGCACAGAAAAGUGCUAAAAUUGCAGCAGGGGCUGUUGUGUGUGUGGAGAGCGAAAUAAGAGGAGAUGUGACCAUUGGUGCCAGAACAGUUGUCCACCCCAAAGCAAGGAUCAUAGCAGAGGCAGGCCCCAUUAUCAUUGGAGAGGGAAAUCUAAUAGAGGAGCAAACCCUUAUUAUUAACAGUUAUCCAGAGAAUAUAAUGCCAGAUACCGAGGGAGUUGAGCCAAAAACCAUGAUUAUUGGGACCAAUAAUGUGUUCGAAGUUGGAUGUGUCUCUCAAGCUCUGAAAAUUGGAGACAAUAAUGUGAUUGAGUCCAAGGCUGAUCUCGGGAGAAAUGUGAUUCUCACCAGCGGCUGCAUCAUCGGGGCGUACUGCCAGCUCAACACAUGCGAGGUCGUGCCAGAGAACACGGUUGUGUACGGCUCAAACUGCAUCAGGCGUGUGCAGAGUGAAAAGCCACAGCCUCAGACUCUGCAGCUCGACUUCCUCAUGAAGAUUCUGCCCAACUACCACCACCUGAAGAAGACGGUGAAGGGGAGCAGCACGCCUGUGAGAAACUAACACAGUGUGAGCAGACAACAGAAGCUCACACACACACACUUCCCUCAACUUGCACUUGUCUUACACUUUAGUGUUGUUCCCUAAUGUCUAAAAGAUUAUGCCAAGCAUUGAGAAUGACCACCACACAUUACAUUUAGACCUGUAUAUGAGGAACACAAUCAUUCUUUUACAUAUCAGAUUAUUUCUGGUUUUGCACUUUUGCUUUCAGAUCAGUAUUAUGACUAUUUACAUUAUAUUUUGGACAUGAUAAAAUGCUAAAUCUACAGUGCCAUUUUCAUGUUAGUCAGUUAUAUUAAUCUAUAUUUAUAAUUGUUCCAUAAAUAUUGCAAUAAUGGGUCUAAUGAAGAUUGCAUAUAAGCUUGUAUUCUGUUGAUUUUAUAUAUUCUAUACUUUGUGUCCACAAGGAGGGACUAUUGAGCAACUGAUAGCACACCCUCCGUACUGUCUGCUCUGGUAGGAAGGCUUUGUUUCAUCAAGUGUUACCAAAUAUCAAAUUAAAAUAUUAUUUAU